UUACCGUUGCGCUGUGUGAAGUGGUGUGUUUUACGCGAUCUUUCUCGAAAUUGACGAUUUUCUGCGAUAGAAUUAAAAAAUUAAAGCAUAAAGAAAUUUGUUGCUGUCGACAUAAAAUUACGGAGAUUGUGUGAACAAAACCAAUUACUGUCAAUAUUUCUGUAAAUUGUCACCGGUUGGUGAAGUUACCUUGGAAUCUCAGAUUUUAAAACAGUAUCUAACUGGCCUCGUGCUUAGAAAAUGGCCAAAUGGGGCGAAGGAGAUCCUCGCUGGAUUGUGGAAGAACGACCGGACGCAACUAAUGUCAAUAACUGGCAUUGGACGGAAAAAAAUGCCGGUCCGUGGUCCAAGGAACGUCUAAGAGAAUUGUUGAAUAACUUUGUAAUAGCUCAGAAUGGUGUAGAUUGUAAAGUGACUGAGAUUGAAAAACUUGAAGGAGAGGCAUCGGCAAAUAACAGAAAAGGGAAAUUAAUAUUUUUCUAUGAAUGGGAUAUUAAAUUGAAGUGGGAGGGUCGGCUGGCCGGCGCCAGUGAGCUCGUGAAAGGCGACAUUCACAUACCCAAUCUCUCAGAGGAGAAUGAUAUCAGUGAGGUGGAUAUGACAGUAACAAUCAAAGGUAACAGUGAAGAAGCUCAGAAAGUAAAAACCUUCAUGCACAACAUCGGAAGAGAUGAAAUCCGUAAACAACUCACUGAAUACUUAAGAAGUUUGAAAGAGGAGUUUUCUAAAGGUCUCAUUCUACCUAAGAAAGGAGAGACAUCUGUCAAGCCUGAUAGUGUGUCGACCAUAACAAGUGGUUUUAAUAAGAAAAUUAAUAUGGAGCCAGUAGUGUCUACAAAUAAAAAGGAAGUUGGUUGUAAACUAGAUACUAAGACUAUAGAAUUGACGGAAACUUUUCAAUGCAGGGCUGAUGAGUUUUAUAAUGCUAUGACAAGGAUAGAAAUGGUUACCGCUUUUACUCAAGGCCAUGUUAAAAUGGAUCCAGAGAAAGGAGGCAAGUUUGCGUUAUUUGGGGGCAAUGUGACAGGAGAAUUUAAGGAGUUGGUCCCUGGAAAGAAAAUAGCUCAGUAUUGGAGAUAUAAACAGUGGCCGGAACAACAUUUCUCUGAAGUAACAUUUACAAUUGAUGAAAAGGAUGACCACACCCUGGUGACGCUGAAGCAGGAGCUGGUCCCGGCUUCAGAAGUGGAGCACACGGAGGAGAACUGGAAGCGUUAUUACUUCAACAGUAUCAAGCGAGCGUUCGGCUUUGGAGCUUUCCUUUGAUCAUUGCAACCAAUAGUAGUUCAAUUAGAUCCAAUUACAACAUGGAAUAGAUCAAUGAAUUAAGUUGUCUGCUUAAGCACUUAGUUACACUUAUGCAAUGCAACAUUCUCACUCCAGCUCCGGUGUCUACUUGCGUUUUAGCUUGUUUUUUUUUAAUUUAAUUAGCUUCAUGUAAGCGAGUGAACGUAUUGUACCACUAAUAAAUUAUGUUAAGUAUUGA